CGUCGUGGCGAACGGACAGAAGACGUAAGGCUAAGUAGUUGGUGUGCCAGUUAAAAAAAAUCAGUUGCGUAAUAUUUGCGGUGCCAAAAGUUUGCUAGUGCAACCUUGUUACUCAUCCGGAAAUCAAAGAUAAGCUGUGUUUCACGGACAACCAAUUGAUGCAGUCAUAAUGAAAACGGUUCUCCUAUGGUUUGCAGCUGUACUAGUUGCCAUCGGGAAUGUUGAAUCGUACAAAAUUCUUGGACUUUUCCCACAUCCCGGCAUUAGUCAUCACUAUUUCUUCGAUCCGGUGCUGAAAGGAUUGGCCGCCGCAGGUCAUGAGGUUACCGUUGUCAGUCACUUCCCCAGUGCGAACCCGCCGUCUAAUUUUACCGACCUAAAGCUCGAGGGAGUGGAAUUGUUGAUCAACUCGGUCAGCUUUGAGCUCUUCGAAUACCGACCGUUCUUUUCCCAUUUCAUGGAGUUUUUUAUGCUGUACGACUGGGGAAAUCAAGCGUGCAAAAAUGCGCUCGAUUCCCCCGCCAUCAAGCAGGUGCUGGAAUCCAAGGUUCAGUACGAUCUAGUGCUGGUGGAACAGUUCAACAACGAUUGCAUGCUAGGAGUGGCACACUUGCUCAAUGCACCCUACAUUGGCCUGAGCAGCUCUCCACUCAUGCCAUGGCACUACGAUAGGGUUGGAAAUCCGAGCAACCCUUCCUUUAUACCGGCCCUUUUCAUGGGAUAUUCCGAAAAAAUGGACUUUUGGCAAAGAACGGCAAACUUCAUAACAGUCACUACUUUCAAAUGGAUGUACAGUUGGUUCAAUGACAAUUCAGCUAAUAAAAUGCUGAGGGAACGCUUCGGUGCUGGUAUACCCGAUAUCAAGGACUUGCAGAAGCGAAUUAGUAUGCUGUUUGUCAAUCAACAUUACUCGCUUAGUGGUCCCAAACCGUUGACUCCGGCCGUGGUCGAGCUGGGUGGCAUACACAUACAGGACUUCAAGGAACUGGACCCUACGCUGAAGAAACUGCUGGACGAAGCCGAUCACGGUGUCAUCUACAUCAGCUGGGGAUCCAUGAUUAGGGCUGAAACCUUGCCGGAGGACAAACGUAACGCUUUGCUUGCAGCGCUUGGAUCACUCAAGCAGACGGUCAUUUGGAAGUGGGAAAAUGAUACGCUUCCGAAUCAACCAUCCAACGUGCAUAUUAGGAAGUGGCUCCCACAGCGGGAAAUACUAUGUCAUCCAAAGGUACGCGUUUUCAUGAGCCACGGUGGGCUGCUGGGAAGUUCCGAAGCGGCUUUCUGUGGCGUACCGGUUGUCGCUACACCAAUGUAUGGAGACCAAUAUAACAAUGCAGCCGCAUUGGAACACCGUGGAAUGGGUAUUGUUUUGCCGUACGAAAAAAUCACCCAAGAUACGGUGUCCGAAUCUCUGCGAAAAGCGUUGGAUCCAGCAACGAUGGAAAACGCGAAACGAGUUUCCUUCUCCUACCGUAAUCGACCCCAAAGUGCCGUCGAAACUGCAGUUUGGUGGUGCGAACAUGUCGUCGCCACCGGUGGACUUCCGUUAGGGAAAUCACAUGCAACCGAACUGCCGUGGUAUAUCUACUACUUGAUAGACGUACAGAUCGCGGUUUAUACGUUCCUGUUCGUCUAUCAUUGGAUCGAGUAUCGAUUGUUCAAGCGGCUUUGCUGUCGGGGUGUGUCCGGUUUUAGUGAUGCUGAUGCGAAGGUGAAAACUAAUUAGAAACGUAAAGCUAGUUAGACUAUAUAAACUGAGGCUGCUGAGAAUGUGAUAAAUUGAAUAUUUAUGAGAGGUCGAAUAAAAUGACACAGUUAUU